AUGAACGGUGACCUCUCGUUGCUUCACGGGGCUGUCCCGUUUCCAAAACCGGGCUUGCGACCUGUCCAAAGCCGCAUACCUAACCACGCUCCAGACCUUCCACCUGAGUGGUCAUGGCCACCGGAUUGUGGAUGGCCGGCCAGAGUGAUGGACAUGCCACGAUGUCCACCAGCUGGACCGCCAGUCGUGAAGGCAGUCACCGCGUGCUCUCGUUAUGAGGACACGUGUCCUUGCAGUGAUCGGCCGUCGACCCCACGGCUGGCGCCAAUGCACACACACAUUGAAACGACCCACACCCGAUUGGCUGAGAACCUUCUGCGUCACCACGUCCAUAUAAAGGCCACUUCGGAACAUGCGGUGCGGUGUUCAGCCAUGCUAAUUGCAGUCAUUUACAUUCGAGAGCAUCUGCGUCAUUCCGCAACAAGUCGACUCGAGAUCUGCUGUCCACGUCUAGUCAGACGUGGUAUCUCUCGUCCGAUGUAA